CUUUUUAUCUCCGCUCCGCUAGCUCCAUUCCCACCACCGCCUCCCUCUCAUUGCAUUGCGCCCAUUCAUCCCCGCCGGCAGGGCAACGGCGCAAGAAGACGAUGAAGCUCUCCGUGCAGUCCCUGGCCAGGAAGCUCUCCCUCCCGUCCCCGAAGCGGUCGUGGAGUAGCGGCGGCAAGAAGGACGGCAGCGGUAAGCGCUCCCUGUCGCGCAGCGAGGCGCCGUCCUUCGCGUCCGCGUCCUCGUCCUCCUCCGACGACGCGCUGGCGCGGUCCUCCACGCCGCGGUCCGUGCUGCCGCUCUCCCCCGCCGAGAUCCCGCGGCGGGAGCUGGAGGCCGUGCUGCGGCGCCUCGGCCACGGGGAGCCCUCCGACGACGAGCUGGACGCCGUGGCCGCCAUGGCCGCGCAGCCGCCCGCCCCCGGCGGGGAGGACGACCUCAUGGAGGCCUUCCGGGUGUUCGACGCCGACGGCGACGGCCGCAUCACCGCCGAGGAGCUCCGCGCCUUCAUGGAGGCCAUCCUCGGCGCCGAGGGCUGCAGCCUCGACGACUGCCGCCGCAUGAUCGGCGGCGUCGACGCCGACGGCGACGGCUUCGUCGGCUUCCAGGACUUCGCGCGCAUGAUGAUGAACGCGGCCGACGCCCCAGCGACAACCUUCUUGUGAUCCCUCGUCGCCUGACCAGAGAGAGAUUGGCCCUGAUGCGCGCUCAGAUCAGAGUAGUGCUCCAUUUAAAAUUUUAAAGCGCUUGCUUGCUAAUCCAUGCACGAUUAGCGAAAGCCCCUUGUCGUGCAUGCAAUCUCGUUGUAAAAUUAUUUGUCGUACUAUGCUAUAACGGCAAGGCGAAUGCUUGGUUCUUUCAAAUUUUUUAAAAUUUAUAUUUUUUAAAUUCUUACCACUAGGGGCAUGCAUGUUCUCCUACUAUCGAGAUUGUAUUUGUUGCCAACUGCUAGCGGUGUCGAGAUUUGGAGGAAAUUUGGCCGUUUGCGUA